CUCAAGGAGCGCGGCUUCGUGAGGGAGGGCGAUCUGGUCGUCGUCGUCUCAGAUCUGCGUGAAAAGGGCAGCGGCGCGGACGGCAGCAUGGAGGAGCUGCCCGCCCCCAGCCUCAAGGGCGCCCCCAAUGUCAACAUCCGGUCAGUGCAGGUCCGGCACGUGCGGUGA